CGUUCUACGGCUUCCUAUAGUUGGUUCCAGUGGUUCCAUUUUGUGGUUGGUUCUGCUCGAUUAGGCAAACAAAGAGCAUAAGUCGAAAGAAAAUUCUCUUCCUCGAAAUAAGACAUGGUGUGAGUUUUUGAGUUAAAUUUGUUUUGACGAGAAUGCCAAAGAACUGGUUUCUAUUAUUGUAUGUAGUAUUACUGGAAUUGCGUUUGAAAAGUGGAGUUUCGGCAAAAAAUCUUGUCGUUGCAACGUACAACUUGUGGAAUGUUAUGUUUCAAUGGGACUCGAGGAAAUAUUACAUUGCUGACUUGAUCCGUGAAGCCAAUCCUGACAUCAUAGGCUUUCAGGAAGUAAGAGCACAAAAGGAUGGCAAACAGAAUCAACUGAAACAACUUCAAAGUAUUUUACCGGAGUAUAAAUAUCGUAUUUACCAUCCAACAAAAACUGUAGAAAGCUCAAAGUUUGGUAAAAAGGCCAUACAAGGCUGGGAAGAAGAAGGAAUUGGUAUACUUAGCAAACAUUCGUUGGUCAUGUCACAUCAUAUACCAUUAUCGAAAUCCAGUCAAGCUGAUCCCUCUCCACGAGAACUGCUGCAAGUUCAGAUAGAGUAUGAGGGACAUGAAGUAUUUUAUGUCCUUGUUCAUUUUUCUACAGAUAAGUCCCUUCAAUGCCAAAAUGCAAUGCGAUUAAUUAAUUUUAUCACAUCAAAUGGUGCAGACAGGACCGUGAUUGCUGGUGAUUUCAAUACAUAUUCUAACUAUGAGUGGCCAAUCCAAGCGAUUAUGAAUGGUUUCUUUGAGCCCAAUGGUUGUCCACCGCAAUCUGGCUUUGAAAAGGUUGGCAGUGAAGAAGGGUAUGGAUUUGAUGAUUCGUGGCCAUCAACAAGUCUGGAUAAAAAAGGUGGAAUGACAUUCAGCAAUAUGCUGUUUCCUGGACUGAUCAAUCGACCUGAUCGGGUUUUACUAUCUCGUGUUGGUUUGGAUCCAGUGAAAACCACGCUAUAUGGCCAUGGCCUACAUAACGGUAGCAGCUAUAGCUUUUGGAACUAUGUCAGUCGCUUCAAUACCAUCACUCAAAUGUCGAAGAAUCGAUGGCAAGGGGACAAGGAAUUUCAAUAUACGUGUCAUAUAGACUGUGGCCCGCAUGGUUCAUGUCGUUGUGGGGUUUGUGUUGGAGGUGGGGAUGCCUUCAACUGUGAUCUCGAUGAAUGUACUGAAUGCACAUCAUUGCAUUACCACAUCAUCGUGAUGUUACGAUACACCUUCACGAGUUUUCUUGUUGGUGUUGCGUAUUUGUCGUUCUGUGUCGUAGCAAAACACAGCAAACUGAAGGCCGUAAGGAGUCUAAUUUUCUGCCCAAGAUGGUUCGCCUACAGGCAUUUAACUUUGUAUCUGUCGAUUGGAUUUGUGCUGUUUUACAGCGUGGUGAAAUUUGGCCUGUCUGAUAUGAUUAGAUUGGUUUUCAAUAGAAUUCCAGAGGAGUUGUACGCGUCCGAUCAUUUGAUGGUUGUCAGUGAAAUCAAGAUAUCCUACCAUUGAUGUGGUGCAUAUCUCGAGAAGAAAUGGAUGUUACCACGCGCGCGCGGAAUUUUUCAUUGUAAGAUCAACGAUUACGACUUUCUAAAGAGUUCUUUUAUAAAACACAAAGCAGUAGACACUCUGUAGAAGGUGAACAUUUUUAUUACUUUUAUUUCUAUUUUAGAAUAAAUAAGGUUUGACUUUUUA